AAUGCAAACAACAAUGAAUUAAAUGAUAGACCUACAUCCAGUGUAGAAUCUUCAAAAUUUUAUGAAGAUGAAUUUGGUUUUAUAAAAGCAAAUAGUUCUUUUUGGAUUCACAGCAGUGAGUCAAAAAAGAAUAAGAGAAGUGUUGCAGAAGAUUUAUCCAAAUUUAUAAAAAACUAUGAGAAUGGUGAAGAACUAGUUCAAGAAAUGAAUGAUAAGAUCAAUGCAAAUGAGGAUGUGGAUUAUGACAAGUUGAGGGUCAAUCUUGAAACGCCUGUUAGUUCCAUAACGAGGAUCCCACUGAUCUACAAUGAAGUCAAUGGUCAGUAUCAAGGAGAGAUAGCAGUGGGGACCCCUCCUCAAUUCUUCAAUGUGAUAUUUGACACAGCAUCAUCAGACUUGUGGAUCCGAUCUUAUAAAUGCAAGUACAAGAAUGCAGACAUUGGAAAUCCUGAUACUGCUAAAUCAUUCAAAAACUGGCUCUCUUCCACAUAUGAGAAAAUGAAUGGUAGUGUUGGACAAUCAGUAUGCAUCAGGAAGAGUUCAAGGAAUUACAGCAAUGGAAGUAGUAAAAAGUGA